AAAAAAUAUUCUACAUUCGAAUCGAUCAAUAUUUCUUAUAAAAUGUUAGAUACCACUAGUGAAAAGAUCUUUAAUAAAAAUUACUUACAUCAAUAUAUUUCUGUUUGUGCAGUAUCAUUAACGUUUUUCAUCACUGGAACACAAUUAGGAUAUCUGAGUCCAUGUUUGGUAAUAUUGGAAAUCGAUGGAUAUAAUCAGAUGCUUCCCAUAAAGGAUACAGACAAAUCAACAAUAAUUAUGUGCCUGUCAUUUGGAAUAAUACCUGGCGCAAUAUGGGCCUCAUAUAUAAAUGAUUUAAUUGGUAGAAAAUAUUCAAUAAUGUUAAUAUUUGUACCACAAAUUUUAUGCCAAAUUUUUGUUUACUUUGCAACGCAUGUAUACAUGUUUUGUAUAUCUGAAUUUUUACGAGGUUUUUGUGUUGCAUGGGCAUUUUCAGCGGUACCAAUUUACAUCAGUGAAAUAUCAUCACCACAUUUACGUGGUCCAUUCACAGUGUGUUGCAUUGUUUUACAACAAGUUGGAAAUCUUGUAGGCAGUAUGAUUCAAUCAACAUUAUCCAUUGAUCAAACAGCCAUUGUCUGCAGUACAAUGUCAACAAUUGUUUUGCCAAUGUUAAAAUUACAACGAAUUGAAAAUGUAGAUAAACAAUACGAAGAAAUGAAAUUAGCAUGGAUUGAAAGCCAGACCAUAAAAAAAGCCAGCUGGCUGAAACUUUUUACGGUACCCUUGAACCUCAAACUAUUUUUAAUAUGUGCCGGUGUACAAACAGCUCAACAAAUGACUGGUCAAUUAUAUAUGGUGUCAAAUGUUCACUCAAUAAUUCAUAAUUCAGCGUUAGAAUUAUCUUUAGCAACUAUUUCUAUUGUAAUAAAUACUGUAGGAAUUGUAGCUGCUCUUCUAGGUAUUUAUCUUAUAGAACAGUGGGGUCGCAAGCCUUUGUUUAUGAUAAUAUGUUCUGGAUCAUUUAUCGGCCAUUCAAUGACCGCGAUUGCGUUUCUUGUUGAAGAUAUUCAAUCUGAGAAAUCCGUAUUAUGUGGUUCUAUAGAAUUUGCGGGAAUUAUAAUUUAUAAAGCAAUGAUUGGGGUAGGAUUUCAACAUUUGCCAAAUAUAUUAGCUUCAGAAUUAUUCGCAACAGAAGUGAAGUCAAAAGGUACUUCAAUGUUGAUGCUUAUUUCGUCGUUGUUAGGUGCAGGUUCAACCCAGAUUUUUACUCGUCUGUAUGGGAUAAGUGGUUACGUGGCUUUUUUCAGUAUGGCAAGUGUUGCUUUUUGUGCUUUAAUAUUUGGAUAUUUCUUAGUACCAGAAACAAAAAAUAGAUCACUGCUCGAAAUACAAAACGAAUUUAAGAAGAAAAAAAAUUCUGGCCAUAAUUCAUCUGUAAAAAAUGAUGGGAACGAAAUUUAG